CGAGGGAACAAAAGGCGGCGCUUUGUUCACCUGGCGCUGGCGGUGUGGCAAGUGGCAGCCAGGGCCCUGACUGACUGAGUCGACCGAGCGAACUGCCUCCGACCUGACGCACGCACCUUUCCUUCCUGCGACGUAGACAUGGCCUGCGACGCCUGGAUUUCCAUCAAAGUUCUCCUUUUCAUCAUGAGCGUGGUGUGCAUGCUGGUGAAGAAGGUGACGGACUACGACGCGAGCCGGCUGUUUUUCCUGCUGGAGAAGCUGUCGUACGAGUGGCCGCUGCUGACCAACGUCACCUGGGACGAGCACGGCGCCGCCUUCGUCGACAUCACCUUCGGCGGCUUCAUCAUCAUCACCGCUGGACUCGUCGUCGCCGCCGCUGCGGGAGAGCUGCGCCGAAAAAGCGCAAUGGAAACUUUCUUUUUAUUUGUUGGUGCUUUGAUGUUCGGCGCCGCCGGGGCGCUGAUCCUGGCGUCGAUCGACCAGAUUCCGCACCAGCUGAUUGGACACGCGGCGGGACUGGGCGUGAUCGCGCUGCUCACGGCGCUGCUCUUCCUCGCCGACCUGCUGCUGGCGUCGCGCAGACGCAAACGGGCGCCGCUCCUCCGCAGGGCCGUCGCCGCCACGCAGACCACGUUCUCGCCGCCGCCUUACCCCCCGGAGCCCAUGUUCGCCUCGCAUGCGCCCCCAAAAACCGUUUACAGGGUGAACUCGAUGGACCCGAUGGCCGAGCAGACGCGUCCCAAGUGGCUGGAGAGCGGCGGCGGGGGCCGGGAUGCAGGCUGGGGGCCGUCGAGGGGCGGCUACGUGAUGCGGACGGCGCAGGGCUGGCCCAAGGGCGGCCACAGCGGCGGCGUCGAGGGCGGCCGCGGCCUCGACACGGCCGACGCUGGCGACUCGGAGAUGGAAUUCGAGCCGACGGCGCACCUCGACAUCCGCACCGAGGGCCCCAAGGCGCAGGUCAUCAACACGCACGUGCUGCACAAGUGGCUGCGCAGGCAGCGCCGCCACGAACACCUUCCCGCCGCCUAG